AUGGAUCCCCAUCACAUUAGAACUGAUUCAUUUGAGCAUGUGUAUCUGGAUAGCCAUGAGCUCCAGUGUCCAGAACUUCAUGAGGAGAAGGAGCAGAAGCCUGAGAACCUUAACACCAAGGAGCCUUCCCCCAAGAACAUCUUGAAAGAACAGAGAGCCAAGAGAGGCUGUGUGUGUCACGCAGUUCCUGCAGCAGCACGAACACGCCUGGUUCCACAGGGGCAGCGAUCAGGGAGAAGCCCACCCCUCGUCCUGUGGGUGCAGCAGCACUCAGCAGCACCAGGCCCCGCUCCCCAGAACUGUGCUUCUGCAGCAGGGACAGGCCCUGAGCACGGGCGUUCUCUGCUGCCAGUGCCCCCGCCGCAGAAACAAGAUCCCCACGUUGAGCGUGUUCAGACAACACAACAUGGCGAUGUCAACCACAUUCGGGCUGGUGUCCUGCUGCUGCUCCGGCAGGCCUGGCCCUUUGCUGCCCAUGAGCGCUGUGCCGGGGUGGAAGAGCAAGGCUGCCCUCGGGUGGCUCCAGGGCUGCAGCCCUGCCCAACGGACAGCUCCACUCGGGCCUCUGCAUGGCCAGCACCCGGCCCCUCGGUCUGCCCAGAGCCGACGCCUGCCUGCUUGGGUGCCGAGGGCCGCCACCUUCACACCCCCCCUCCGCCCCCCUGGGCGGUGGCGAUUCUGUCACAGUCGGUGCCAGGGAGCGGCCACUGUGACCCACGGGGCUGCGAGCGCAACAAAGGCUGCCAAGCUCUGGCCGUGCGUCAGUGCGACCUGGCAAGAGUUGUCAGAGGAGCGUGCAGAGGAGUAAGCCCAGCGCUGCCGGAGCAGGAACUCUGCAAGUGCUCGCUGUCGACGUGCGCCAUGUGCUCAAGGACGUGGGGGGCUCCCAUCUUCAGGGAGCCAGCGUGCAUGCUGUGCGGCCAGACAGAUGCCGACCCGGACAUCUGUGGGUCCAAGCAGCUGGACUUUGGGAUGUGUGCCCAUGCGUUCUGUAUGGCAUUUUCCAACGGCCUUUUCCAGCAGGCCACAAUAGUGGGCAGAACUGCAGAGGUGUCCCCUGAAGACGUCCAACGCGUAGUCCGGGAGGCAGAGCGGAAGCACUGCUUCAUCUGUGGCGAGACGGGGGCCCCCAUCACCUGUGCAGAGGCGGGCUGUGAACACAGUUUCCAUCUCCCCUGCGCCCGGGAGGGUGACUGUGUCACCCAGUACUUUGGAGAGUACAGUUCAUUCUGCCAGAAGCACAGCCCUAAGCAGGCUGCGGAGGUGGCUCCAGCGCAGGAUACCAACUGCAUUAUCUGCAUGGAGCCAGUGGGGGACAAGAAGUCCUACCACACCCUGGUGUGCCCAGCCUGCAAACACGCCUGGUUCCACCGGGCCUGCAUCCAGGGACAGGCCAUCCGUGCAGGCGUUAACUGCUUUCAGUGCCCCCUCUGCCGAGAUGCGGAUGCCUUUCUAUCCGACAUGCUCGUCAUGGGCAUCCGAAUCCCUCUCAGCGGACCAAUGUGGGAGGACGGCAACGCAUACGCAUCGCUGGGAUUGAGACACGGGCGCUGCGAUGCCAGCGAGUGCCUUUCCCCACAGGGCAGGGGGCAGGCAGAGGAAGAGGGGCCCUGGGAGCUGCUCCUGUGCAGCUCCUGUGCUGCGGAAGGCACUCACCGGCGCUGCUCCUACCUGAGCAACAACGCAGACGCUUGGGAGUGCAAAGCCUGUGCUGGCAUGGGCACCGCCUCCAGUGUCAUCUCAGAGGUCACCGGCCCCAGCACCGCCAGCCAACGUGGUCUGCUGCCAUCCCACGGCUCCACAGCACCCGAGAGCGGCAGCUCCAGCACAGCCAGCCUGGCACCAUCAGGGCCGGUUCACAGCUCCCAGGUGCCUGAGAGCGGCAGCCUGUCCAGCCAGCUUGGGACAGGCCAUGGGGAUGAUGACAUCUACAAUCAUCCCCAACGUUGCCGUGGGAGCAGCCGAGCUGCGGCUUCAUCGGGUGCUGCUGAUAGAUGCACCCCAACAUCUGCCAGUCAAAGGGCAUCGCUGUCCUCAAGGGCUUCCCUGGCAGUUGGCAGCCGCAGGUCCAGACAGGGAGAGCGGACUCGGACACGAAGCCGCUCUCCAAUACAAUCUCAGGCCCCGGAUUCCCACAGCCAUCCCCAAAGGUGCUCCAGGAGGAGCCGUGCACCAGCUCCAAGGGCUGAGGGUGGCUCCCAGCUCAACACCAGACGGGGAGCACUGGGGUCUUCAAGGGAUUCCACCGCGGCUCAUCAGAGAAGCCAGUCCAGGCAGCGUGAGCAGGCCCGGGCAAGAAGCCGCUCCCCUGUGGGCCGUGGGCCUGCAGAAUCCCGGGGCCAGCUCCAAAGACACCACAGGAGCCAGUCCAGGCGAUGAGGGCCGGCCCAGGUGCAAAGCUGCUCCUGGGCUCGUCAGGCUGAGAACACCCACAGCCGGCCCCAAAGGUUUCUCGUGAGUCGCCGGAUGCGAGCCCCGCGUGCUGGCUCUGGUCCUCAGAGGCCAGCACAAUAAAACUUAGAGAUCUCAUAGACAUUUGUCAGUGUUGUUCUUCUCUGCCUUUCCCAAGGUGGGAUGCAGUCAGGGCCGGAACCACAGGGUAGUCUUCUCCCUAGCACUUAUGCCCCUCUACCAUCCUUCCCUUUGCGUGGCUCUACGCAGAGCUGGGUUCCAACUCCAUUGGGGCUCAACAUCUCCUAAUGCCCACAGGCCAAGGCCGUGCUAGCACGGGCAGCCCUGUUCUGGGGGUGUUUCUGGCCUUGGGGCAGCCUCUGCGUUCAGAGCGUGCAGGCAGCCUCCCCCACCAGCCAUCUGUGGGCUGGGCCAGGACCUGCCUGGGCUCUCCUCCUGCACUGCUGCAGCGCCAGCAGGUCCGAGUAGAGGUUCUGCUUUGGGGAUGCUACAGCGCAUCAACUGCCUGAACCACUAAUUUCUAUCCCAAAGUCCUGUAGGCCCCUUGCAGGUACUGGAAGGUCGCUAUGAGGUCCCCCCGGGCGCCUUCUCCAGGCUGAGGAGCCCCUACUUUCUCAGCCUCUUCUCAU